GUCGUUUCCAAUGUGGCAGUUGGCCAGCAUUUACUGUGUGCAUCUCUCUCUCUCUCUUUCUCUUUCUUUCCCAUUUCAAUUUCAAUGAUGAUGAUGAUGGAUUCAAUGUCAUCGAGCUCAGUACACCCUUCAGACUAAAACCCUGCUGAAUUCAUUCCCCUCCUCCUCCUCCUCCUCUGUUUCACUCAGAUCGAGCUUCUCAAAUCUCACUUCACCAAUCCAGCGCUGAAAUUCCUGUUUUUUCUCUCCUCAAACACCGCGAUUUCCAUUCGAAUGUAAUCAGGUGUGAUAUCCGAUUCUUCUUUCUAUAUCGAAAUUGAUUGAUUGAUUAUUCGAAAUUAACAAAUGCUGGAAGCUGAGGUAUGUUCUUCUAGGGUUUUCUCACCUUUCCGCGGUGAGGAAAGUGGUGAUGAAGAGCUAGCUGUUCUUCCUAGGCAUACUAAAGUAAUCGUGACUGGAAACAACAGAACAAAAUCUGUUCUAGUUGGUUUACAUGGCGUUGUCAAGAAAGCUGUCGGUCUAGGUGGUUGGCAUUGGCUGGUUUUGAAGAAUGGGGUUGAAGUAAAAUUACAGAGAAAUGCAUUGAGUGUGUUGGAACCUCCCCAUGGGAAUGAAGAAGAUGAAGAAGAAGAAGACUUUGAUUACUCAACCAGUGGCUCUGAUCUUGUCCAAAGACACAAUAAUCUAACAGCUUGUGGAGCCGAGUUCACUAAGCUAAGCAAGAUGACUGUUAGGCAGCAGCAACAGCAUCAUCCGAAAACAUGGACAGCGAAACUAAGCAGUCGUGGUAAUUGCAAAGAACUUCACUCGAUCAUCCAGACAUCUCAAUCGCAGAGAGUAAACCUAGCAAAGUUGGGAACCAGUUCACUUUGGAGAUAUUGGCGAAUCUUCAAACUCGGAAGUAUAAAUCCUAGCAUAACAAAAGAACAAUUGGUUAAGUCAGUUCAGCGCCAUUUUGCUUCUCAGAGACGAAUGGAUGAGGUGCAAGUGAUAACAGAAUUCAUCAGAGCGGCCAAGAGAUUGAAAUCGAAAUCAUCGAAGAAGAAAGAUAUGUAAAUCUUGAUUGCAGUUGUGUUGUGGGGUGUGUAAAUCUUUGGGUAUAAAUGUGCAUCAAAUUAGUUAACAAAUGUAGAUGAAUGAUGAUCUAUUUCAUCAUAGGAUUGAUUCCAUCUUCUUUUUAAGGCUAACCAUAACUCCUACUUGACUUGAUUUCAAACUUGCUGCCUUGAUCAGCUUAUUAAUGAUGUACACUUUCAUAUGCUUCCCAUAUUGUUUGGUUUGA